UUACUGCAAUACCUGAUGUUGUGUUCUCUUUCUUUCCUCAUCAAAUGCGUUUCAAGACUGAGGUCUCCGAGGAGAUUCUUCCUGUAUCUGAGAUUCUUGCCAGAGCCAACACUGGUAUAACACGUGAUGCUGAUGAGCCUGAGCUGCUGGAUGACAUCGCCGUGGACAACGAGAAUGACAGGAACGCUGACCCCUGCACCUCCCGCGGCUGCAUGUGGCCCAAGUCCAACGAUGGAAAGGUCUACGUGCCCUUCUUCAUCAGCAACGACUUCUCUUCCCGUGAGAAGUCCAUCAUCCAGCGUGGUCUGGACUCCUUCGCCGCUUCUUCCUGCAUCCGCUUCAAGCCCCGCCGAUCUGAGAGGGACUUCAUUGGCAUCUACUCCAAGAAUGGAUGCUACUCCUACAUUGGCCGCACCGGUGGUCAGCAGGUUGUGUCCCUGAGCCGUAGAGGUUGUCUGUACCACAACACCGUCCAGCACGAGCUGCUCCAUGCCCUGGGCUUCAACCACGAGCAGACCCGCAACGACCGUGACAACCACAUUCGUGUGAUGUGGGACAAUGUUGUUGAAGACAUGAAGCACAAUUUCAACAAGAAGGCCACCCUCAACCAGGGAACUCCCUAUGACUACAACUCUGUCAUGCAGUACAGCAAGUACGCCUUCUCCAAGAACAACCGCCCCACCAUGGUGCCCAUUCCCAACAACAACGUCGAGAUCGGCAAGUCCGGUCAGAUGAGCCAGAAUGAUCUCGCCAGGCUCAACAGGCUGUACAAGUGCUAAAUGAAGGACAACAAUGCCGGGGAACCUGAUGUUAAAAGGCUGAUAUGAAUCAUGGAUCUACUGUGAGGAUCAUCCACUGGAUUUACUUUCCCCUUCAACCUACUUGAAAAUAAAGCUGUG